AUGGGCCCCAACCGGUUGCCCAACGGCUCCAGUGCGAGUACCAAAAGGCAACCAGACCUUCAUCUUGUCUCCGACGAAGACGCCGUCUACGAACAAGAUAUCCUUCGAGACCCCGGAAGCACAAAACCAUGGCUGGCAUACAUCGAGUUCAAGUUACACCAUGGCACAACCCAAGAGCAGGCAUUCGUCCUCGAACGAGCUUCUAUACAACUUCCUCGAUCCUACAAGCUCUGGAAGAUGUACCUUCAAUUCCGCACAAAGCAUGUCUCCAAGCUGAACGCAGCUCAGCACGCUGUCGAAUACCGGAAAGUGAACGCGCUCUUUGAACGCGCUCUCAUCCUUCUCAACAAGAUGCCAAGGAUAUGGGAACUCUACUUGAAGUUUCUGCUCAAGCAGCCCCUCGUAACCUUGACUCGACGAACAUUCGACCGUGCUCUGCGUGCCCUGCCCAUCACCCAGCACAACAGGAUAUGGGCGCUUUACAGACCCUUUGCCAAUUCCGCUUCAGGGCCCACGGCAGUCAAGAUCUGGAGGCGCUACAUGCAGGUCCAUCCCGAGGACGCCGAGGACUUCAUCGAGCUUUUGGUCCACGAGACAUUGUAUACCGAGGCUGUCAAGAACUACAUCGUCAUACUAAACAACCCACGCUUCAACAGCAAGCAGAAUAGAGGGCCCUACGAGUUGUGGAGUGAAAUGGUCGACCUGCUCGUUGACCAUGCUACCGAGAUCGAAACCGGAUACGAGACCGGUAUCGAUGCUGAGGCCAUCAUCCGCAGUGGCAUCGAUAGGUUCCCCGACCAGAGAGGUAAGCUGUUCUGCGGGCUAGCGACGUACUGGGUCAGAAGGGGCAGCUUCGAGCGCGCAAGAGAUAUAUUUGAGGAAGGAAUCACCACCGUCAUGACCGUCCGCGAUUUCACUCUCGUCUUUGAUACCUACGCCGAAUUCGAGGAGUCCAUCAUUGGGGCUUUGAUGGAGAUGGCUGCCAAGAGGACAGAGAGCGGCGGCGAGGACCAGGAUGCCGACUUCGACCUGGAUAUUCGGAUGAUGCGCUUCGAGCAGCUCAUGGACCGGCGGCCAUUCCUACUCAAUGAUGUCCUGUUGCGACAGAACCCCAACAAUGUGGCAGAGUGGGAGAAAAGGGUAGCACUCUGGGGAGACAACAAGCAAGAAGUCGUCCAGACGUACACAAACGCUAUUGCUGCCAUUCAACCCAAGAAGGCCGUUGGACCGUUCCAUCAAUUAUGGGCCAACUACGCCAAGUUCUACGAAAACGGGGGGGACCUACGAAACGCCAGGGUCAUCAUGGAAAAGGCAGUCAAGGUUCCGUUCAAGUCCGUAGCUGAGCUGGCUGACAUGUGGAUCGAAUGGGCCGAAAUGGAGCUCCGCAACGAAAACUUCGACGAGGCGGUCCGCAUCAUGGCCAAGGCCGUCCAGGCACCCAAGCGAUCAACAGUAGACUACUUUGACGAAGACCUUUCGCCUCAGCAAAGAGUGCACAAGAGCUGGAAGCUUUGGAGUUUCUACGUCGACCUUGUCGAAUCCGUCUCCUCACUUGAGGAGACGAAGAAGGUCUAUGAGCGUAUCUUCGAGCUGCGCAUCGCCACGCCACAGACCGUGGUCAACUACGCCAACCUUAUGGAGGAACACAAGUAUCACGAGGACUCAUUCAGGAUUUAUGAGCGUGGACUUGAUCUCUUCAGCUACCCGGUCGCCUUUGAGCUGUGGAACCUCUAUCUCACAAAAGCUGUUGACCGCAAGCUUGGUAUCGAGCGUUUGAGAGACUUGUUCGAGCAGGCCGUCGAGGAUUGCCCGCCCAAGUUCGCCAAGACACUUUAUCUGAUGUACGGCAACUUGGAGGAAGAACGUGGUCUGGCUCGGCAUGCAAUGCGCAUAUACGACAGGGCAACGCAAGCCGUUUCCGACGAGGACCGCGCCGACAUGUUCAAUUUCUAUAUUACAAAAUCAGCUUCCAACUUUGGUCUUCCUUCAACCCGCGGUAUCUACGAGCGCGCGAUUGCGGUCCUGCCUGACGAGGAAGCCAGGGAUAUGUGUCUCAAGUUCGCAGACAUGGAGAAGAGACUUGGUGAAAUUGACAGGGCGAGGGCAAUUUACGGCCAUGCCUCUCAGUUCUGCGACCCCAGGACCAACCCGGCCUUCUGGACCAAAUGGGAGCAAUUCGAAGUACAGCAUGGAAACGAGGACACGUAUCGCGAAAUGCUGCGUAUCAAGCGCUCUGUCCAGGCACAAUAUAACACCGACGUCAACUUUAUCGCCUCGCAAGCCAUCGCACGUAGCCAGGCCGCAAAGCAACAGGUCGCCAAUGGAGAGCUGGAUCAGGAGACCGCAGAUGCCAUGGAACAACUGGAGCGUCAGGCACGAGCGCCAGCGGGCUUUGUGGCAAGCAGCUCGGGUAUUGCGGGUUCGCUGACACAGGAGGAACCAAAGCAGGCGGUCAAUCCAGAUGCGAUUGACAUUGACGGCAUGGACGACGAAUGA